AUGGUUAACAACUCUUCUCUAAACCCUUCAUUUUUAAUUAUCUUAUUCAUUCUAAGCCAUUUAAUGUCCAUGGCCCAAAAAAUCAGUAACUUUCUCCCACGAGAGUUACUCUCACUAGAUAUUGCAAACCGACUUCGUCUAGACGCCAAUGCAAUAGAAUUGGCGUCUAGAGAUUUCGGUAAGAUUGUUCGAAUAAAACCAGCCGCGGUUCUUUACCCGAUAUCCGUCGAGGAUAUUGUGGAACUCGUGAGAUUUUCUUACGAGUCCGAGACUCCCUUUGGGGUGGCGGGAAGGGGCCGUGGUCAUUCUGUGAAAGGGCAGGCCAUGGUCCAUCAAGGAGUGGUAGUUGAGAUGACUUCUUUGAUGCAUUUUGGAAAUGAAAACAGAGUUAGGGUUUUAAAAGAUCCUGAUUUUGGAUUUUGUGUUGAUGCUGGUGGUGAACAAUUAUGGGUUGAUGUUCUUAAGGCUACAAUUCAAUAUGGGUUUGCGCCAAUUUCUUGGACGGAUUAUCUUUACUUGACGGUUGGCGGCACUUUAUCAAAUGCUGGAAUUAGUGGUCAAACUUUUCGUUAUGGUCCUCAAAUUAAUAACGUCAUUGAAUUAGACGUUAUAACUGGGAAAGGAGAGCUUGUGACAUGUUCAAAGGAAAAACAUUCCAAGCUCUUUUAUGCAGUUCUAGGAGGGCUUGGUCAGUUUGGGAUUAUAACAAGAGCAAGAAUUCCUUUAUAUAAGGCUCCAAAAAAGGUGAAAUGGGUGAGAAUGUUAUACCAUGAUUUCUCUGCCUUCACUAGAGACCAAGAGCAGCUCAUCUCCAUGAAUGAUGGAUUAAAUUAUGUAGAGGGUUCUCUAAUAAUGGAUAAUAGCCCUCCAAAUAAUUGGAGAUCUUCAUUCUUUUCUCUAAAUGAUCAAUCAAGAAUCAAUUCAUUGUUAGCCCACCACAAGAUUCUCUAUUGUUUGGAAGCUGUCAAGUAUUAUGGUGAUGAUCACUACUCCACCAAUACAAUCAAUGAGGAAGUUCACGUGUUGCUAGAAGAUUUGAGCUUUAUUGACGGGUGUAUCUUCAAGAAAGAUGCAUCUUACAUCGAUUUUCUCAAUAGGGUGCGCAUAGGCGAGCUUAAGCUACAAGCACAAGGUCUAUGGGAUGUCCCUCAUCCAUGGUUAAAUUUAUUUGUACCGAAAUCGCGUAUUAUGGACUUCAAUGAGGGUGUUUUUGUCAAUAUCAUACACAAACAGAGGAAAGCAACGGGACCUCUCUUAGUCUACCCAAUGAAUAGAAACAAGUGGGAUGAUAGGAUGUCGGCUGUCAUACCAAAUGAAGAGAUAUUCUACACUAUUGGAUUAUUGCAUUCGAGUGAGGAUGAUGAUUGGGAAACUUUGGACAAUCAGAAUAAAGAAGUGUUAGAUUUUUGCAAGAAAACUGGAAUUGAAGUGAAGGAAUAUAUUUCGACUAAAAGCAGCAAGGAAGAAUGGAUUCGCCAUUUUGGUUCGAAAUGGGAGGCUUUCGUCGAGAGGAAAAUUCAGUCUGAUCCGAAAAUGAUUUUGUCGCCGGGGCAAAAGAUAUUCAAUUAAUUAGUUUGCAUGUAUCAUUCCUCAUUGUAAUAUGGAAUCCAAAACAUGUUUGUGGUGUAUGUAGUCAUAUAUUAAAUUUGGAAGAAAUUAAUGUUAAGAUUUAGUUAUUC